UCUCUGUGUAGCCUCUCUCCGAAGAAGAAGAAACCCUAAUAGACAUAAACCAUGGCUGAGGGACUCGUGUUGAAAGGCACAAUGUGCGCCCACACCGAUAUGGUCACCGCCAUAGCCACACCGAUCGACAAUUCCGACAUUAUCGUCACUUCGUCGCGCGAUAAGUCAAUCAUCCUCUGGAAACUCACCAAGGAAGACAAGUCUUACGGUGUUGCUCAGCGCAGGCUAACCGGUCACUCUCACUUCGUCGAGGACGUUGUUCUCUCCUCCGAUGGACAAUUCGCUCUCUCCGGAAGCUGGGACGGCGAGCUUCGUCUCUGGGAUCUCGCCACCGGAGUCUCCACUCGCCGAUUCGUUGGACACUCGAAAGACGUUCUCUCCGUGGCUUUCUCCGCUGAUAACCGUCAGAUCGUUUCGGCCUCUCGUGACCGCACGAUCAAGCUCUGGAACACGCUUGGAGAAUGUAAAUACACGAUCUCCGAUCAAGGUGAUGGUCACAAGGAAUGGGUAAGCUGUGUGAGGUUUAGCCCUAACAUGCUCGUGCCAACUAUUGUAUCCGCGUCUUGGGAUCACACAGUGAAGGUCUGGAAUCUCCAGAAUUGUAAGCUUAAGAACACUCUCGCUGGGCAUUCUGGUUACUUGAACACAGUGGCAGUGUCACCGGACGGUUCUCUAUGUGCCAGUGGUGGGAAAGACGGUGUGAUCUUGCUUUGGGAUUUGGCUGAAGGGAAGAAGCUUUACUCUCUUGAGGCUGGCUCUGUUAUUCACUCUCUCUGCUUCAGCCCCAACAGAUACUGGUUGUGUGCAGCGACAGAGAGCAGCAUUAGGAUCUGGGAUCUUGAGAGCAAGAGUGUUGUUGAGGAUUUGAAGGUUGAUCUCAAGGCUGAGGCUGAGAAGUCUGACGGUUCUGCUGGAACCGGAAACAAGACGAAGGUGAUCUACUGCACGAGUUUGAACUGGAGUGCAGAUGGAAACACAUUGUUCAGUGGAUACACUGAUGGAGUUAUCAGGGUUUGGGGUAUUGGUCGUUACUAGAGUGAGAAGAUGACUGGAAUCAAUUCCCAAAAAUUUUAUUUAAUCUCUCCAACUUUUCCAUGAAACACAAAUGACUUCUCUUCUGUAUUAGUGUUUUGAGAUUGAUUUUUUUUUUCUCAUUCCAGAAUCAACAAACGUGAUAUUUGAUCCAUUGAUUAUCUUUUUCAUGUUUGGUAUAUUUUACA